ACAAAAGAAGGAUUUCGUAUUUAUAGACCAGAGGAACUGAAACAAGAUCAACCAGAAAACUUGAAAGGAGAAUGUCCUUUUGACUGCAACUGUUGUUUCUAGGAGGCCAUAUGAAAUAAUAGGAAAAGAUUGUGGAGACACACAAGUGUUUGGGGAAAAUAGAGUGUGAUAUCGAUGACUGAAAAUAAAGCCAAUAGCAAACGUUGGAUACCUUUGGAGUCCAAUCCUCAAGUCUUAUCUGAAUAUCUACACAAGUUGGGUGUAGAAGAAAAUGUUUCUCUAGUGGACGUACUUUCUCCAGACUUACUGGAUCUCGUUCCUCGACCUGUAUACGCCGUCAUACUUUUGUAUCCACUUCACAACCAACAAAGCACUAGGGAAGAAAUAAAACAAGAAACUAGUGUCUAUUUUUGUAAGCAAACGAUAAGCAACGCUUGUGGAACAGUGGCUCUGGUUCACGCUGUAUUGAAUAAUAUUCACCGAAUAAGUUGUAAGAAGAAUAGCUUCUUUGACAAGUUUUAUACUUCAACUGUUCACCUUUCACCUCAUGAAAGAGCAACUUGUUUGGAACAGAGCGAAGAAUUGGACUAUCUACACUCUGAGUUUGCACAAGUAGGUCAAAGUCAGGCACCUGGCAAUACUGAAGAAAUAGACUUGCACUUUGUCACUUUUGUAUCUCAACAAGGAAAACUAAUUCAGUUGGAUGGGCGUUUAGAACAACCUGUCGUCUGUGGUAACUGUGAAGAAGAGAAUCUGUUGCAAGAAGCAACCAAUGUUAUCAAAGAACAGUUUAUGGCAAAAGAUCCCAAUGAAGUUCGUUUCAAUAUCUUGGCACUUGUUCAUAACGAAUCCUAAUAUGGAUAUAUCUCCAAGUUUUUCCUAUUCAUGAAAGAGUGAUAUUCCUAUGAAUCCUAACAAAAGUGUCUUUUUGAUAAGAAAUAUAUUAUUGGAUAACGACAAUCCUACUCUCUCUCUCUCUCUUUCCAAAAGAAGAUACUACACUUGUUGUCAGGUUGAAUUCAGUAGUUGAAUUCCUACUUGAAACCUUUAUCAACAAGUAUAUUAUUUUCACUCUUGGAAGAUCACAACUAGUUUUGUCUCAUCCAAAUGGUUUAUUAUUCUAAGUUGCAUAGAAAACAGUAUAUUCACAGUGAUCAAAAUGAUACCUUCUUUCCUCUUCCCCUAAAUAAGAAAAAUGUUUUAUUCACUUUUUUGGCUUUGUCCAAUCUUUUCUAGAAACAUUGGUUGAUAGAAAGAGUGUCGAUUCAACAUUGGAUUCCUAUAAGAAUAGCAGCUCGAUGGAUUGUCUUGUAGAGAAAGCAUGGAAUCAUGAAUUUCUAGAUCUUACGCUUCGAUUUGAAACGUCACAUGAAAUAUGCUUUA